AACAAAGAGAAAAAAAACUCCGAUAAUCCCGAUUCUGUUGGGAUUUAUUUCCGUAGCAAAAUAAAAGCUUCCAGGUCUUGGCGCAGAGAUAGCAUAGUAACACUAAUAAGCUGCCAGUGGCGGGUGACGCAGACAUGUCGUCUUCUUCUUCCCCAAACAAACGCCUGAAAACCCUUAAACCCGAAAUCCAAUCAGGAAAGGACCCAAUUCAAGACGACCCCCAAGAAAUUGUAAGUUCAUAUUCUUCUCAGAGCUGCGCAAUUUGCUACUCCAACGAUGAGAAAGCGGUCAGAGGCGAAAUCGAUUGCUGUGAUCACUACUUCUGCUUCUACUGUAUUAUGGAGUGGUCUAAAACGGAAUCACGCUGCCCACUUUGUCGAAGGAGGUUCACCACCAUUCGUAGACACCGGAAAGCCGGUGUCUUUGCCCGCCAGCGAACCUUCAAGGUUCCCCUUCGCGAUCAGGUUUACCAUUCUCAUGACCAUGUUCUGUGUGAUGUGUGCCACCUUGCGACAGAUGAAAGUCUUCUGUUGCUUUGUGAGAUGUGUGACUCAGCCGCUCAUACAUACUGUGUUGGACUUGGUCAUACUUUACCAGACGAUGAUUGGUUCUGCCAAGACUGCAUUUCUACGAUUGAAAAUCAUGUCAGUUCUGAUUCUGAUGAUGAAGAAUUCAUACCAACAGCUGUGCCAUCUGACUUGCCCAGUGAACGAGGAUCAAAUAGUCAUACCACAGUGGUUAAUAGAUAUAUGAUGAGAAUCCCUCAAACAGUCAUACCUGUUGUCCCUGACGGGUGUACCAGUAUUACAGUUGAAGUAACUACGCCAGCAAGAACACUACCAAGUGUUUCCAAUAGACCAACUGACUCAGUUCCAAGUACACUACCAAAUGUUUCCAGUAGACCAAAUGAUUCAGUUGCAAGUACGCUACCAAGUGUUGCCGAUAGACCAACUGAAUCAGUUGCAAAUACACUACCAAGUGUUGCCGGUAGACCAACUGAAUCGGUUGCAAGAACACGACCAACUGAAUCAAUUGCGAGAACAUUGGAUCGCCAUCGCAAUGUGCACACCCGUGUACAAGCACUUCGUGAAAAUUGGAAUUCCUUCCAAAGUGGUUUGUUGAGCUUCCCUUCUAAUUCAUCUACAUCUGGCUACAGUUGUAGUCAAAAGCAUAAUAAUGACGUUGUAUUCCAUGAAAGAUCAGGCGAAACACAAACCUCAUCGUCUACAAGUUGCCAGCAACUGGAAAAUCGAGAGAGGUGUGGUUCACAUGAUAAUGAUAUUGACAAGGCGUGGAAAAUGAUGGAUAUUGCAAGGUCAGUACAGCAUGCUCAUGAAAAGUGCAGCAGCGCAGUUCAGUUCUCAGAACUUCCUGCUGGCAGAAGCAGUGAUUCAAUUAAACGAACUCAUCAUUCAUGUUUUGGUAUAUCAGGUCAAGCGCAAUCCUCAUCUUCCACUGGUUGUCAGAGACCAACAAAUCAAGUUGAUUGUGGCUCAGAUGAUAUUGACAAGGCAUUGAAAAAUGUUCAUAUAAAGACCAGCAGUGCUGUUCAGCUCCCAAAACUUCUUUCUAGGGAAGCGAGUGCCUCAAAAGAAGCAAUGAAUGUAAACUCAAGCGUUGAUAUUUUAAAAAGCCGACAACUUGGAGAUUGGGAUCGGAGAAGAACUGAAAUGGAGGCCUACAAAUGUAAUUCUCGUGAGAAAGAAACAAUAAGACAUCAAUCUUUAAAGUUGGAAAAGGAAAGGCAGUUCAGGGGUAGAGCUCAGGAGGGAGUAGAGUCUAGUGAAGGCCUUUCAAUUAGUAGUUCACCAGGAUUAUUUGAAUCUCAGUUUUCUGGGAACUUAAAUAGGUCAACAUUGUUACAGAGACUUGCAAAUCAGGCUUCAAAAAAUAUCACCGAUGAGCAAAGUGGGCCUGCUUGUUCUUCUUUUUAUGCCAAACCAGAGCUCAUUGCUUCGUCUUCCAGUAAACUAGAUGUGCAGAAGAGAAAUAUUGGAGGGGCGGAGAAUUGUGUGGAAAGCAUGGUCAGAAAAUAUGAUGAUGCCAAAAGCGAAAUCAAAUCUCUUGUCAAGAUCAACUUGAAGCUUUUAAGCAAAGACAAACGGUUAGAAGUUGAUGCAUUCAAGGAAAUUGCAUGGCGUUCCACGCAUGCCAUCUUGGCUGCAUGUGGUUUAGAGCAUCCAAAGUCUGGCAUGCCUUCCUUUCCAAGCUUAGUAUGCUGCCACACCGAGCAGUUUCGUCAGCAACAUAAAUCCAAUUUGAUGCCCAAGUCCUGCCGAGAUUGCUUUUAUGGUUUUGUGAAAGAUGUAGUCAGUUCCAUUAUGGCAGGUUCUGCAAAAUUAAGUUGAGGUUUAUCAUAAUCUGUCCCGACCGCUGCAUUCCAGCCACCGAAAUAGUUUGCACCCUCCCUCCUAAAAAUGUAAUUUGUUUUGGUUCAUCUAUCCCGUAGGAGCAGGAAUGUGGAGUUAAUGAGUGACUGACUGAGCAGUAUGUAACUGAUUUAUUCAUUACUUGUUGUCAUAAGCAUGAAUAAGAUCCCUAGGGUUCCAAUUGUGUAUUGUGUCUAAUUCCAUUGAUUCAUUUAUUCAUUCAUUCAUAACCCCACCUUGAUUCAUUCAUUCAUUCUAUGAAAUAAAAAGUCGAUUCUAUUUGUAUGAA